GAAUUUUCAGCAGAGCGCAGGAGUUUCCAUCUCACUUAACAAAUGGACGGUGGAAGUUCCCCUCCCUCCAUUUGUUUUCGUGUGGAAGGCUUGUUGCUCUGUGGAACAUGAGAAUAUACGGCAAAUCCUUCCUUUUCCUCUUAGUUUUCAUCCUCUGUUCGUUCCCUCUUUCCUCCGAGGUUUCAUGUGGAACUAUUGAAACUUGGUAGGUUACUGCUCCAUUUGUUUUCGUGUGGAAGGCUUGUUGCUCUGUGGAACAUGAGAAUAUCGCACGACAAAUCCUUCCUUCUCCUCUUUUUCAUCCUCUGUUCCUUCUCUCUUUCCGUUUCUAGAGACACCCUGACCCCAAAUCAGCCCCUCUCUGGCGAUGAAACCUUGGUUUCCUCCCACGGGACCUUCUCUUUGGGCUUCUUUUCCCCCACCAACUCAACAAACAACCGGUACAUCGGUAUAUGGUACACAAUAAUCCCAGGGCAGAGGGUCAUCUUAUGGGUUGGGAACCGUCAAAAUCCGGUCUCAGGUCCUACGGCAGUCCUGAUGUUAACAUCCAAUGGAAGUCUCCUCGUAACUGAUGGCAACUCUAAAGUAUUCUUGUCCUCGCCGUCGAUGAUGGCUGUUGGAAAACCUGUGGCGCAACUCUUGGACGCUGGCAAUUUUGUUAUUAGGGAUUCUCAGAUAACCGAUUCCAAUAGUUUCGCAUGGCAAAGUUUCGAUUAUCCGACCGAUACUCUUAUAACAGGCAUGAAGCUAGGUUGGAACCUAACAAGUGGACUCAACCGUAACCUGACAGCAUGGUCUAGCUCAACCGAUCCAUCCCCUGGUAACUACACCCUAGCCUUGGACCUCCGCGGUGAUCCUCAAGUAAUGCUUUGGAAUGGCCAUAGUCUGCAAUGGCGGUCCGGUCCCUGGACUGGCCUCCAAUUCAGCAAUAACCUACCAGUAACUCUAACUUAUACAGGUAUUUUUGCCUACCAUUUUGUUAAUAAUAAGGAAGAGGUUUACUACAGUGCAGGCGUGGUUAACAAGUCCACUAUCACUAGGCUUGUUGUGAACCCACAAGGGGUCGCAGAACGGUAUAUCUGGCUUGAUGCGUCUCGCAUGUGGGACCGAUACUGGUACACCCCAAGCACCCAAUGUGAUGGGUAUGCUGCUUGUGGCCCAUAUGGUUCGUGUGAUCCAAAGGGUUCUCCAAUGUGCAGUUGCUUGCAAGGGUUUGAGCCUAAAUCACCGGUAAAUUGGGCUGUAAGAUAUACUUCUGAUGGGUGUGUCAGGAAGACCAAACUGGAUUGUAGGAAUGGGACUGAUGGAUUUGUGACUAUUCCCCGAACGCUUCUGCCAGACACAGUGAACGCGACUGUAAACAGGACAAUGAGCCUGGAUGAAUGCCAAGCUGCCUGUUUGAGGAAUUGUUCUUGCACUGGGUUUUCUCGUGCUGACACACGCGGGAGUGGAAGUGGGUGCAUUAUGUGGUUCAUGGACCUAAUAAACUUUGCAUCGUACUCGGAUGCCGGCCAAGAUUUCUAUUUACGUUUGGCUGCGAAAGACAUAGGUUUAAUAUCAAGUCAAUCUCAUAAGAGCGGAGAUGCAGCCUUAGCAGUAUUGUUAAGUGUAGUCUUGGGGGUAAUAUCCCUGCUUGUCAGUGUUGCUUGUUAUGCAUGGAGGAAGUUGAAAUGGACUAGAGGGAAUGCUUUCAUUAACGGGGAAAACCUUGUGGAAAGUACUAAAGAAGAUGAUAUGGAGCUUCCGCUCUUUGAAUUGGUAGAAAUUGAGACAGCAACAAACAAUUUCUCUAAUGAAAAUAAGCUUGGAGAAGGUGGAUUUGGUCCUGUCUACAAGGGAAAGAUGAGAGAGGGACAAGAAAUUGCUGUGAAGAGACUUUCCAAGACCUCAUUACAAGGUCUGGGUGAGCUGAAGACUGAGGUAAUGUUAGUGGCCAAGCUCCAACAUAGAAAUCUGGUGAGGCUUCUGGGAUGCUGCCUUGAAGGAGAUGAGAGGAUAUUAAUAUAUGAAUUCAUGCCAAACAAAAGUUUAGAUACCUUUUUGUUUGAUGAACAAAAAGUGGCGUUAUUGGAUUGGAGAAUGCGAUACCAGAUCAUUUUAGGAAUUGCACGAGGACUUCUCUAUCUUCACCAAGAUUCGAGAUUCAGAAUCAUCCAUAGGGACCUUAAAGCUGGAAACAUCCUUCUUGACAAAGAUAUGAUUCCCAAAAUAUCAGACUUUGGUUUGGCCAGACUUUUUGGAGAAGAUGAGACGGAAACAAAGACAAGGAGAGUAGUUGGGACAUAUGGUUACAUGCCUCCAGAGUAUGCAUUGAAUGGGAUCUUCUCAGUGAAAUCCGAUGUAUUCAGCUUUGGGGUUUUAGUAUUAGAAAUCAUUAGCGGAAGGAGAAAUAAAGGGGUAUAUCUCUCUGCGUCCGAGGAAUAUCUCUUAGGAAAGGCAUGGACAUUGUGGAAAGAAGGUAACGGCUUGCAACUAAUUGAUGCGUCAUUGGAUGCCUCAGUGUUUAUGACUGAAAUUCUAAGAUGCAUGAAAGUGGGGCUUCUUUGUGUCCAAGAGCAACCGGAGGACAGACCAAUCAUGUCAUUCGUUGUUUGGAUGUUAGGCAGUGAUCAUGCUUUUCUGCCAGAGCCUAAACAACCUGGUUUUAUGGCAAGGGUAUCUCCGGUGAAGGAAAACUCUAGUAUAAACGAUCAAACACUUACUAUGUCUUUAGGUAGAUAGUUGUUAUAGUGUUUGUUACAUGGGUCAGUUAGUGGGUGAUACCCGUAAACCCUUUUAGUGGUUAAUUAUGAUAUGACUUUUAUUCCAAGUUUUCUUGUCUCGUGCCAUUAUGGUAUGACAUUUAUUUCAAGGGGUGGAACAUCUAAUGAUUAAUUACCUGGGUUUCUUUUCUCUGA